UUAAGUGAGGUGAAAUUUACUACAGUUUGCCAGCUAUAUAUCUUAACUAUUAAGUUAACUAUCUAAAUAAGUUCUCUCCAGCUGGGUUUUGCUAACGUUAACUAAGUGGCUGAUGUCAAGCUUCUUUGUAAUAGCAGCAGAGACAUUCCCCUCUUGGAUUAAGAUCCAAGCUGCCUAAUAUUAGUUUUUUUGUGUGCUGCAAACUGUGUUUUGAGAUACUUUAUGAGCUUGGUUCUCUGUCCUAGGAGUAAAUGUUUGCAUGCACUCGUUAGCAUUUACCUAGCAUCCACUAUGAGAAUUCCUUAGUACUUGUUAGAAUUUUGUUAAAAUUCUGGUUCUGGGAUGUUUUAUGUGUGUGUUUCCCUGCAAAAAAUAGCAUCCUUGUGUGCACUACCGGUAAUACCGUAUAACCCUGGAUGGCAGAGGCACAGUAUGAAAGUAUGGAAAUCUGUAUACUGCCCAAUCCUAAACCGUAGUCUUGGACUAAGAAGCACCUUUAAUUGAUAUUCUCCAUAGAUCGUCCUUUUGAAUCCAGGACAAGGCUCAAUCUGUAUCUGGGAAACCGGCCCUGUAUGUUUAGAGUUUAGUGUUCCUUUCCUAUAUACUGUGCAUAUGUUGCAUAUGGGUUGACUUAAGCAUUUCUUUAUGUGUUUAAAACUGCAGAAGAACAGAGGCAUCAUUCCCUUUUGUAGGCCCGCGGACCAAUAAAAAGUGUAUGGAUGUGGGUACACAGACCCACGAGCCACUGCGGCCCCUCAUGAGUUCAAUUUUUUUGUGGCCCACAUCAAACUUCCCAUCCCUGAUCUAGAGCCAUUUUUUCUAUAAAUAUGUACUGAAAACACUGUUCUCUGUGUGUGUGUGUGUGUGUGUGUGUAUGCGCACGUGUAUAUGUGCGUGUGUUACCGUUACUCUGAAACAAUGGAGGUGUCAGGGUGAAUUAUCUCUCUUCUCUGGCUGAGUGCUUAGAGAUGUACCCAGAGUUUUGCUGAGUUGCAGGUGAAUGAGUUGUUUUUCUUCUUUUCCUUCCCUUGUCUUUUUCCCCCUCCCUUUCUUUUGCUUUUCACUCUUGAGGUUCUCCAACAAGGUUGUUGGAAGAGGAUAAGGGGCCCGUGGAGAGGUUCAGGGAGAGGAGCAGACCUCUGGCACCGACCCUGGAAGAGAGGAGGGACCACCUCAUAGAGAGAAGGGUCCACAACAGAAGGAGGACGGAACAAUGCCAUUGGACAUCUGCCUUGGGACAGAGCCAUGACCAGUCUGGAGCCAGACUGAAGACUGGACUCCACACUCUGACUGAAACCUUCAAGCACAAAACUGAGACAGGUCUAGGUCUAGACCUCCAUGCCAGGCCAGAUGAUGAAGAGCCUCCAGUUUAGAAGCAUCGCCCCCAAGGCCCCAGCAGCGGUGGUUCCCUCCCCAGCCGCCAUCCUGUCCUGCCAGCACCCCUCUGCCCUCCCGGAGGCAGCCUCCACAGCCGUCAGCCCCAAGUCUAUCCUGGUCCCGGCCCAGAACUAUGCCCUGAUGCAGGUGGCAGGGCAGGAGGGUACCUUCUCUCUGGUGGCCCUGCCGCCCUCCGUAUCCCCUCAGUCGCCGCAGCAACAACAGCAGCAGCAACAGCCAAUCCAGAAGAACCUGAAGCUGCCCAUCCCCAGGUGCCAGCCAAUGAGGACCAAGAACACCCCGGAGAAGGUCAAAUCAGCCACGCCCACCGGUGGCAGCGCCAGGGGGGUGAGGACACUCGCCAAGGUUGCCUUGACAACUCGGGACCAUCGGUCAAUAGCAGCCGUAAAGAAGAAGUUGUCAUUGGCUGAGCCCAAGGAGGAGCCAUCAGAACAGGUCAUACUGAUCGACUCCUCAGCCUCCUCUGAGCUCUCUGCCCUCACAGCCCUGCUCCCAGACAACGCCAUGCUCUACACUGGCUCUCCUCUGGAGCGAAUAUCAGUGGUGGACACCACCCCCGACCACCGGUCCACUCCUGCCUACGCCCCCGGCCCUGUCACCAGCAUGCUGCAGAACCUCCACUACCCAUCUGGUGGCAUUACUAAAAGUUCCCCGGUCGAACCAUCACAGGAUGAGAGCAGCGGUAAGGUUGCUAUCAGGCCGUGCCAACCCAAGCCUGUAGCCCAACAGCCCCAUCCACAGCCAGCUAGUAGCAGCAUCACUGUCCUCUCUCCAGCCAUCUUCAGCAAAGCUGUCCAGAUCAUCUCCUCCCCACCCAAGGGCAAGCUGCCCAUCCUGCCCUACUCCAAGAUGAAAAGCACCCUCAUACCCACCGCCAAACUCAACCUCAAUGCCAUGUCCCCCAAGAAGGCUUUCCCUAGCCAGCCUGACCUCUCCCCUUAUCCCUCUGAUCCCCAGUCCAAGACCCCGGAGACUGCUGAGGCCCUAUGUCAGAACCACAUGCCAAACUCCCUGCUGCAGAGUCAGCCUCAGGCCAAGACCACAGGCACCCUGUCGCUGCUGGGAACGCUACAGAUCCAGAAACUAUCAGGCAAGAAGAGGGGGAGGAAGAGGAAGACAAUGGAGGACAUUCUGGCCUUUGAGGCGAGGAAAAAGAGGUCCUUGUCGUUCUUUCGGAGGAGGGUGCCAGAGAAGCCUUCUCUCUCAGCCGUCAUCUCCUCCCCGCUGUCUAAACAGCAGAGGGAGGUGGACAUCUCUAAGAAGUACCGCAGCAUCAGACCCAAGCCUCACCACAUGCUGCUGAUGGAGACUGUACCCCAGCUGGUCAGCCUGCCCUCCCUCACCUCCUCUGACAGCCUGGAUUCAGAGCUCCUCGUGGGGCAUCAGUUCUCUGCCGAGGUCCUGGAGCCCGGUCCUGCCCAGCCCCAGCCAGCCUCUACCCCGCUAUACCUGAAAGGGGGCCCUUCUCAGAGGGUCUACCUGGGCAGUAGCCAGCCCCUCCACCGCUGCCCUACCUGCAGCCGCUGCUUCCAGUUCAAACACCACCUCCAGAGCCAUAUGAACAGCCACACCAACAGCAGGCCUUACUUGUGUCCUGUGUGUCAUAAGGCCUAUGCUCACUCUGGCUCCCUCAGCACCCACAUGAAGCUGCAUCACUCUGACGGGAGACCGCGGCGGACGCUUCGCUGUGACUUCUGUGAGAAGGCGUUUGGCUACGUGGGUGUGUACUUCGGCCAUUUGCGGGAGGUGCAUAAGGUCAUCCUGACCGUGGAGCCGUCCGUCAGCCAGCAUGAAGACGACGUGCCUGUGGAGGGGGCCAUGUCUCCAGACCUGGGGGACAAGCAGGGCCAGGAGGAGCGUGAGGACCCGGUGGAGCUCCAGAUCAAGUGUAGCCGCUGUCAGGCCAUCACCCCCACCUUCGCCGACAUGAAGCUACACCUGCUCUAUGUGCAUGGGGAGGAGGUCCAGGUGUGCCUGCGGGACGGGGCUGGGGGGGUGGGAAGGUCACUGCGGGGGGGCCGGGAGGCAGAGGAUGAGCUGGUGAAACACGCCGCCCACUACUGGCGCCAGCUCAAUGAGAAGAGGAACCUAGUCCGGUGUGGGAGCUGUGAUGAAGAGUUCUUCUCCUUCUCCAAGCUGAAGCGUCAUAUCCUCUCCCACCACCAGGGGGGACCGGAAGAUGAUGGAGAGGGGGAGCCGACCGGCCCCUCAGCCCGGGGAGGGAGUGGGGUCCUGCGGCAGGGAUUGGUGUUUAACUGUGCACUGUGCAGCCAGGUCCUGGACAGUAAAGAGGAGGUGAUGGAGCACUGGAGGGGCCACCACCACUGUGAGGAGACCCAGGUACUCUGGGAGGCCCUCGGCUCCUACUCGGGAGAAAGGGAGAUGGACUUGCCCGACCACAGCACAUGUUAACAUUGCACUGGACACGUUCCAGGUCGUCUUUGUUGCAGUCACGCUGCACAUCUCAGAAUAUUGACUUUACUUAUUCCUUCUAGCCUUUAAAGAAGCGAAUUGCCAGAACAGUGCAUUUAAAAGAUUGAAAUAUCAUAUCAAUGUGGUUUCUGAGGUGUUAAACACUUUCCAGGCAUUGUGAGAUCUUAUAAUCGGGGCGGGCUGACUACAAUCAAUAUGCCCUCGAACGUACCCACUAUUUGUGUCUGUCUGAUCCAAUCAUGCUCUCAAACACACCCAGUUAGUCCCUAUUCACACUAUCCAGCCGACCCCGACCAUGCAGUACAUUUCCAGCAACUAUGGUGGCUGGGUAACCACUAACCAUGCAAGUAUAGCUCACCUCAGUAUGGUGAAUGGGUAUUAGUCCAUACAGAGGUCAGUUAUAGCACAGGUUAGUUUGUUAGAGAAUCCACUGGAUACAUUACAAAUUAUUAUUUUGGUAUUUUGUGGACUGCACUGUUUUUUUUGUUUUGUGUCAGUGUUGAUUUUGUGUUUAGUUUUUUCUAUGUUUUAAUAUUUUUGUUUAAUAAAAUGGAAAGGAUUUGGUUGUUUUGUAUUGCAUAUGUACAGUAUAAACCAUCCAACGUUUUACUGGUACUGUAUUUCUUUUUUUUGACAAUUUUUUACAUUGUAGAAUAAUAGUGAAUACAUCAACUAUGAAAUAACACAUGGAAUCAUGUAGUAACCCAAAAAGUGUUAAACAAAUCAAAAUAUAUUUUUGAUUCUUUAAAGUAGUCACCCUUUGCCUUGAUGACAGCUUUGCACACUUGGCAUUCUCACAACCAGCUUCAUGAGGAAUGCUUUUCCAACAUUCUUAAAGGAGUUCCCACAUAUGCUGAGCACUUGUUCGCUGCUUUUCCUUCACUCUGCGGUCCAACUCAUUCCAAACCAUCUCAAUUGGGUUCAGGUCGGGUGAUUGUGGAGGCCAGAUCAUCUGACACAGCGCUCCAUCACUCUCCUUGAUCAAAUAGCCCUUACACAGCCUGAAGGUCUGUUGGGUCAUUGUCCUGUUGAAAAACAAAUUAUAGUCACACUAAGCCCAAAUCAGAUGGGAUGGUGUAUCGCUGUAGUGGCCAUGCUGGUUAAGUGUGCCUUGAAUUUUAAAGAAAUCACAGAAAGUGUCACCAGCAAAGCACCCCCACACCACCUCCUCCAUGCUUCACGGUGGGAACCACACAUUCGGAGAUCAUCCGUUCACCUACUCUGCGUCUCACAAAGACAUGGCGAUUGGAACCAACAAUCUAAAAUCUGGACUCAUCAGACCAAAGGACAGAUUUCCACCGGUCUAAUGUCCAUUGCUCGUGUUUCUUGGCCCAUGCAAGUCUCUUCUUAUUGGUGUCCUUUAGUAGUGGUUUCUUUGCAGCAAUUCGACCAUGAAGGCCUGAUUCACGCAGUCUCUUCUGAACAGUUGAUGUUGAGAUGUGUCUCCUACUUGAACUCUGAAACAUUUAUUUGGACUGCAAUCUGAGGUGCAGUUAACUGUAAUGAACUUAUCCUCUGCAGCAGAGGGAACGCUGGGUCUUCCUUUCCUGUGGCGGUCCUCAUGAGAACCAAUUUCUUCAUAGUGCUUGAUGGUUUUUGCGACUGCACUUGAAGUAACUUUCAAAGUUCUUGAAAUUUUCCGAAUUGUCUGGCCUUCGUGUCUUGAUGAACUGUCAUUGCUCUUGGCUUAUUUAGGGUGUUCUUGCCAUAAUAUGGACUUGGUCUUUUACCAAAUAGGGCUAUCUUCUGUAUACCACCCCAACCUUGUCACAACACAACUGAUUGGCUCAAAUGCAUUAAGAAGGAAAGAUAUUCCACAAAUUAACUUUUGACAAGGCACACCUGUUAAUUGAAAUACAUUCCAGGUGACUACCUCAUGAAGCUGGUUGAGAGAAUGCCAAGAGUGUGCAAAGUUGUCAAAGGCAAAGGGUGGCUACUUUGAAGAAUCUCAAAUAAAAAAUAUAUUUUGAUUUGUUUAACACUUUUUUUUGGUCACUACAUGAUUCCAUGUGUUAUCUAAUAGUUUUGAUGUCUUCACUAUUAUUCUACAAUGUAGAAAAUAGUCCAAAUAAAGAAAAACCCUUGAAGGAGUAGGUGUGUUCACACUUGACUGAGCCUGUGUGUGUGUGUGUGUAAAUACAUAUAUAUAUAUAUAUAUAUAUAUAUAUAUAUAUAUAUAUAUAUAUGUAUGUAUAUAUAUAUGUAUAUAUAUGUGUAUAUGUGUUUGUUAAAACUAUGUAAAUAAACAUAUAUAUAUAUAUAUAUAUAUAUAUAUAUAUAUAUAUAUAUAUAUAUAUAUAUAUAUAUAUAUGUGUUUGUUAAAACUAUGUAAAUAAACAUAAUACUGGUAGAAACACAGGCAUAUUGUACCUAAAAUCUAUUGGCCUUGAAAACAGUCAUCUCAGCUAUGGUAAAUGAUUGACUGAAGUCUAAAGUCUAGGUUGUGGAUUUAGGGACAGAACUUUCCAAUUCAACUGUGUGUUACAGUAGCAGGAUCUAGCUAUUUUGACCUAGAAAGGAAAACCUUCUCAGUACACCAACACCUGACUGAAACGCCUGAGGCCUUCUGAAAAAUUCUAGUCUCGAGAUCUACCCAUACAUCUGGCUCAUAACCAACAUCGACUUUCAAACCGAUUAUAUAUUAUUAUAUACACUGAGUGUACAAACAUUAAGGACGCCUUCCUAACAUUGAGUUGCAUCCCCUUUUGCUCUCAGAACAGCCUCAAUUCGUCGGGACAUGGACUACAAGGUGUUGAAAGCGUUCCAUAGGGAUGCUGGCUCAUGUUGACUCCAAUGCUUCCCACAGUUGUCAAGUUGGCUGGAUGUCCUUUGGGUGGUGGACCAUUCUUGAUACACACGGGAAAUUGUUGAGCGUGGAAAAACCCAGAGGCAUUGCAGUUCUUGACACACUCAAACCGGUGCGCCUGGCACCUACUAUCAUAUCCCGUUCAAAGGCACUUAAAUAUUUUGUCUUGCUCAUUCACCCUCUUAAUAGCACGUAACACACAAUCCAUGUCUCACUUGUCUCGAGGCUUAAAGUGGAUUUAACAUCAAUAAGGGAUCAUAGCUUUCAUCUGGAUUCACCUGGUGAGUCUGUCAUGUGUAUUUUUGUUUGUGUACUCUGUGGUAAUGGAACGGGUGAAUGAUUGGUAACCACUGACAAAACUAGAUCUAUUCGUUACUAUUACAUUAUGAAGAAGUUCUGGAAGCAUUGAACUAAUGCUGCUAGCUAUUCAGUAUGAACCUGUGGAAUUGGGGCACCUGAGGUCUGUGAUUAAAACAUUGAAAAAUGUUAUAGAGACUGAAGUAAACUUGCAUGUUUUAUGCCUGUUUGUGAUUGGAAACCCAGCAGAAAAGCCUGUUUUCUCUUCUGUUUGCUUCUUACAAAUGGUUCAGUGUUGUUUCCUGGUUGGGAGAGUAAAUUGUAAAGGGGUAGUAGAUGUGGUUUAAACAUUUGUCAGACUGAUACAUUUGUCAGACUGUGUAACCUUUUUCAUACAAAACAAAUCACAGGGUAAGUUAAGUGAAUGUACCUUGAAUGUUUCAAAACCCUACCAAAUUCUCUCAAUAUACAUAUAUAUUGAAUAUAGACUUCUAUAGAUUAGAUUAUAGAUUAUAUAUAGCCAUCUAUAAAUACAGUAUAUUGAGAAUAUAUAUUUGCAUAGAAUAUAGUGAAUAUUCUGCUUUGUUCCAAUGGAGGAAACAAACUAGUUAGGAUUUUGUUAUCAUCAAACCGGCAACUUAAGCUGAGUAUAGCUCUCCUUGCUUGUCUGACACAAACCAGGGUGCAUUCCAAAUGACACUGUAUUCCCUAUAUACUGAAGUGCACUACUUUUAACCAUGGCCCCUAGUGCUCUCUUCAAAAGUAGUGCACUUUGUAGGGAAUGGGGUGCCAUUUGGGACACAUAUCAGGAAGAAGCAACAAUGAGAAAGAACUCCCCUCCCUUAGUGAGACUAGGCUAGACUUGCAGCACGUACAAAUCAAUGGCGUGAAAAGUAAUCACAUAGCUAAUAUGUCUUUCACAAAAUGGUGACUGUGUUGACUGUCUGAAAGUGUUUGUUUUGGGGGCUGUUUGUGAACCUAAAAACCUUACCUUUCUCAGAAUAAAACAAACAUAUGCGUUAUUGAAUAUGACAAUGACUGUGGGACGUAUGUAACGAGAUAACAAAUAAAUGUAUAUUUAUUUCCAGUAACAGUAUGUUUUCCCUGCUCAGGUAACCGCAAAACCAACCCUGUUGUACGUAACAAUAAAGUUGGAGGAUGAAUCCAU